GAUUGGUCCAAAGGAGGAUUUUUUCCACUGUUCAAAAUGCAAUUUAUGCCUGAGCUUGAGUCUUCGAGGAAAGCACAAGUGUAUUGAAAAUGUCUCCAGGCAGGACUGUCCGAUAUGUUUGGAGGAUAUUCACACAUCUCGUGUUGGAGCUCACGUUCUGCCGUGUGGUCACCUUCUUCACAGAACAUGUUACGAGGACAUGCUAAAGGAAGGUUACAGGUGUCCUUUGUGCAUGCACUCGGCUUUAGAUAUGACAAGGUACUGGCGUCAGCUGGAUGACGAAGUAGCGCAGACUCCUAUGCCCACAGAGUAUCAGAACAUGAUGGUGGAGAUCCUUUGCAAUGACUGCAAUGCCCGGUCUACAGUGCAGUUCCAUCUCCUAGGCAUGAAGUGCAAAAACUGUGAGUCGUACAAUACUGCCCAAGAUGGAAGAUGCCGGCUGUCUUUGGAGGAGCAGUGA